CGUGCUUCGCUUUGCUCUGAAAUCCUAUUACAGCAUUCCUCACCUUCACUUCCCUCUGUUUCAAUUAUCCAACUCUAGGAAAUAAAAUCAUUACCAACAGAAACUCUUUCUUUUUCUCACUUUCCAAAAUGACGACUACGACAAAAUCCUUUUUAAGCUUCUCUUCUCUUCUUUUACUGCUGAGUUCCAUUCUCAUUGAGACUGAAGCUCGUGACCCCUUCAAUAUCCUGAUGUCCCAGAACUUUGCCGGCGGAAAGGUCCCUGAUUUCUUUGAUAUUGGCUUAUACCUUGGAGCCAUCAAAGAGUCAGGUCCAAGUCCUGGCGGGGGACACAAGUUCACUGAUAGUCAGACCGUAGGAGGCAUUAAGAACUCGGGUCCAAGCUCUGGUGGUGAGGGACACAAGUUUACCAACAGCUUGCCUCUUGGAGGUAUAAAGGACUCCGGUCCGAGUCCUGGUGAGGGACACAAGUUUACCGACAGCUUGCCUCUUGGAGGUAUAAAGGACUCCGGUCCGAGUCCUGGUGAGGGACACAAGUUAAUCGAUAGCUCGACUCUUGGAGGUAUAAAGGACUCCGGGCCAAGUCCUGGUCAGGGACACAUGUUAAUCGACAGCUCGACUCUUGGAGGUAUCAAGGACUCCGGGCCGAGCCCUGGGGUAGGAAACAAGUUAACCGAUAGCUUCACUCUAGGAGGCAUUAAGGACUCUGGUCCAAGUCCCGGUGUGGGAAAUAAGUUCACUGACAGCUCUAAUCUCGGAGGCAUUAAGGAUUCAGGCCCGAGUCCUGGUGUGGGAAACAAGUUAACUGACAGCCAAACCCUUGGAGGCAUCAAGGACUCUGGUCCAAGCCCUGGUGUGGGAAAUAAAUUAACAGACAACCAGACUAAUGGCGACAUGAAGGACUCUGGUCCGAGCCCUGGACAAGGAAACUAGUUCAUUGACAGUCAAAUAAUAAAGGUAAAAAAGUUUCCGGUCCGAGGCUUGGUAUGAGAAACAAGUAGACAUUUCGGCAACACCAGCAAUACAAGCUGGUUUCAGCAACAAGAAGAUUUAGUUUAUACUAUAUACGAGCUCAUUCUUUUAGUUCAUUAUUUAUUUUGUUGUUUAUCUAAGAAGUGGCACAGCUGUUUUCAGUA